UGUUAAUUUAGCCAAAAGUAAAUAGAUGAAUGGAUUUCGGAAAAUCUUGUGACGAAAAUGUGAUAGUUUGGAUAUAGAAGUGUUUUUAACUUUACUUCCUGACUUACGCAAACAACGGGAACAAGCGCGAUGUUUGCCCGUAUAGCAUACAGACGGUCGUUGGUGUUGUUAACACAAAGAUGUCUCCUUAAUGUAAGCCCAAACACAAAGAAGUUACCUCAACUAAGCAGCCAACGACUGACGCUAUUCCAGUUUCGUCAAUUCUAUCAAAAACGAAGUGAAUCUUCUACGGAUGCAACCAUAACUCGAAAUAUUUGGAACAAAAUUUUCGGAAAAUAUUUGUUAGCCACAAAUAUUCUGAGUUCGGGUAUUUUAAUGGUAAUUGGAGACUUGGUUGCACAAGAAAUUGAAUAUCGUCGUCAUCACAACGAGUUGGAUGAAUUCGAUAUCAAGCAAGAACGCUAUGACACAAAGCGAGUUUUUCGUAUGUUUGUAGUGGGAUGUUUACAAGGGCCACUACACCAUUAUGUUUACAAGUGGAUGGAUUAUGCGAUGCCAGUGCGUAACGUGAAAAACACUCUUUGGAAAAUAUUAAUUGACCAAAUAUUUAUGUCACCAGCUUGCAUUUUAAUAUUUUUUUAUUCCGCUUGCUAUCUCGAGCAAAGGUCUGUGCAAGACACAAAUAAGGAGUUGUGUGACAAAUUUCCAAUUAUUUAUUUAAUGGAUUGGGCUAUGUGGCCAGCAGCACAAUAUAUAAACUUUAGAUAUUUGGAUACCAAAUAUCGGGUUAUGUUCGUAAACGUAUGCACAGCAGUUUAUAAUAUAUUUCUUUCAUAUAUGAAACAUGACUAUUAAUGUGAACUUUUUGCUGUAUUGCUUUAAUAUACGUGUGAUAUCGUACCUAAUAGAAAAUUUUCUUUUUAAAUAAGCAAUUGAGUAAAUUGUAACAGGCUAUACCACAAAUAUAUUUAUGGUAGGAAUGGCAUUGUUGUUAUUGUAAAUAUUCAUAUCAAAUAAACGGUUAUUCCACCAGCACGAUUUCACGGUGUGGAAUGUCUUUAUCACGCUCAGGAUUAAUGAUAUGGAUAACUAUAAAACAAUGUAGUUUUAAUUUAAUUUUUAGAAAUAAAAAUAUUUAUUUAUUAUAAAAUAUAGCUAUUCGUAGCUGUAAGAAGAA